AUGGCGGGGAUGUUGGCGGUGGCGGGGUCGGAGACGGACUGGGCUGAGGAGGAUGAUGAGGAUGAUUAUGAGGAUGAUGAGGAUGAUUAUGAGGAUGAUGAGGAUGAUUAUGAGAAUGAUUAUGAGGAUGAUUAUGAGGAUGAUGAGGAUGAUUAUGAGGAUGAUGAGGAUGAUUAUGAGAAUGAUUAUGAGGAUGAUUAUGAGGAUGAUUAUGAGGAUGAUUAUGAGGAUGAUGAGGAUGAUUAUGAGGAUGAUGAGGAUGAUUAUGAGAAUGAUUAUGAGGAUGAUGAGGAUGAUUAUGAGAAUGAUUAUGAGGAUGAUGAGGAUGAUUAUGAGGAUGAUGAGGAUGAUGAGGAUGAUUAUGAGGAUGAUUAUGAGGAUGAUGAUGAUAAACUGUGA